GGAGCGGCCUUCCGACGCGGUGACGUCACCGGGGCGCCUCGCGAGUGGGCGGGGCCGAAGGCGGCGGCGGCGGCUGCUGCGAAGAUGGCGGACCUGCUGGGCUCGAUCCUGAGCUCCAUGGAGCCGCCGCCCGGGCUGGACGACCGCGAGGCCCGGCGCGCCAGAGAGCAGAGCGCGCGGCUGCGGACGCUGCAGGAGCAGGAGAAGCGCCAGAAGGCCGCCUUCCGCAAGAGGAUGGAGCGGGAGGUCUCGGCCUUCCUGCAGGAGAGCGCGGAGCCCCGGCGCCGCUUCCGCCCCAUGAGCAAGAUCGAGCGCAGCAUCCUGCACGACGUGGCGGAGGUGGCCGGCCUGGCGUCCUUCUCCUUCGGCGACGACGAGGACUCGCGCUACGUGAUGCUCUUCAAGAAGGAGUUCGCGCCCUGCGAUGAGGAGCUGGAGGCCUACCGGCGCGGGGAGGAGUGGGACCCCCGGCAGGCCGAGGAGCGCCGCCGGAUGAAGGAAGCGGCGCAGCGUCAGGCGGCGGAGGAGGCGCUGCGCGGGCCGGCCGAGGUGACCCCUCCGAGCGACUACAAGGACAAGUACAGCCACCUAAUCGGCCGGGUGGCCGCCAAGGACGCCGCGCAGGCCAUGGAGGCCAACAAGGCCUACGGCUGCGUGCCGGUGGCCAACAAGAGGGACACGCGCUCCAUCGAGGAGGCCAUGAACGAGAUCCGGGCCAAGAAGCGGCUGCGCCAGAGCGAGGAGGAGGCCAAGAGCUCCUAGGGGCGCCCAGCGGCCCUGCUCCAGCCCCACUUGUGCGUGGGGGGGGAUCCGGUGGGGGACUCUCAUCUUCCCUUCCUCUCCCUCCCCCCUCGAACUUCUAGCUAGAGUUUGCUUUUUAAUGCGGUAAAAAAGCGAUUUAAAGGCUGCCUUAGCCAAGCGAGGAAAGGGGGCAAGGGGUGUGCCCACCGGUGGGGCUGGGUCUGUGUUUGAAUAGGCAUCCCCUUUCCACAGUUGCCUUUUUCUGCCGCUUUUGAGCCACCGGAGGAGUCCCCAUCUGGCUUAGUUGUGGGGCUGCAGCCCCCCAGCACUGCCACCCAAAUUCCCCACUCCCAUCCCACCUGUCUUGGGGCUGAUCUUUGCCCGCUAGGCAGAAUCUCCUCUGUCCCUGAAUAGCUGAAGCUGAGCUUCCUUCUCCUUUCAUUGCUCAGCUCUACACCAGCCCCACCCCUGUUGGCCAAGUGCCCUGUUGUUUGGUGUUCGCACAGCUCAGUUGGUAGGAAAGAAUGGGCCCCCGAGAGUGACUGCUUGGCUCUCUUUGGAGCAAACCACCUGGUCUGCUCCCUUUGGGUGACUUCAGUAAGUGUGUGCGUGUGUGUGUAUAUAUAAUGCCGGGUUUUUAUUCCCUCCUUCCUCCCCUCCCCUCCCCCAUCCCUUUGUUUUGGGAGCCCACAGAUGGAGAGCGGUCCAGAAGCCUGGUUGCAACAUCUGGAGGGGGUGUCGUGUACCCAUCCCAUUAAACUCUUCCUGUCAGUGCU